AUGGAAGAGACCGAACCUCCCUUCACCUCUACAAUUAUGAGUGAGAUGAUGCCGCAGAGGUUCCAGAUACCUCCCGUCAUCCAAUAUUCUGGGUCUGGCGAUCCGUCUGAGCACGUAGAGGCUUAUCGCUCGUGGAUGCAAAUCCAGACAGCAACGGAUGCAAUGAUGUGCAGGGGUUUUUCAAUCACGCUCACUGAAUCCGCUCGGAAGCUCAGCAGAUUAUUCCUUACCCAAUUUAUAAGUGGUAAGAAGAGUCGGAAGCUGACUACUCAUUUAUUCACCAUCAAGCAGGGGCCUAAAGAUUCGUUGAAAGACUUUAUCGCCCGAUUCAACGAGGAAGCAUUGCAGGUGGAGGACUACGAUGACAAGAUGACACUCUCCGCCAUGUUCAAUGGCCUGAAAGAGGGGAAGUUCACCUUCUCCAUUGGAAAAGCCAAACUCAUCACUAGAGCUCAAAAAUAUACUAAUGUCGAGGAGUUCUCCAACUCCAACAAAAACGUUCAAGUAGUAGAGCCACUAAACAAAGGGAAGAGGCAGAGGAACGAAGAACCUCAGUCAUCCGCUAAGAAGUCCGACGACCGCGUUCCUCGCGAUCGUCUUCUGAGCAGGAAGCCUGAGGGUAGAUUCUGUUCCUACACGCCCCUCAACACACCUACAGAACAAAUACUGCUGGAUAUCAGAGGCCAAAAGCUCCUGAAUUAUCCCGUUUGUAUGAAGGUCGACCCAGAUCAUCGAGACAAGUGCAAGUAUUGUUGA